GUCACGAGGGCCAGGUGCAAGGAAAUGGACUCACUGUCUUCCAUCAAAUAUCUAGACGCCCUGUGCGUGUUCUUCUGGGCGGCAACCUCUGUCCUGUUUUCGGUGGCAACCUUUGGACUGUGCGUGCUCAUGGGGCACCCGCUGACGGCCGCCAAUGUCUUUCCCUCCAUCUUCCUAUUCAACAUCCUGCGCCACCCUCUCAACGCUCUGCCCUGCGCCAUAAAUGGUGUUGUGGAGGCCAUGUCGUCCCUCAGGAGGCUUCAGAGCUUCCUCGUGAUGCCUGACGUCCAGGGCGACUGGGCUUUUGGCAACACUGCGUGCACCACGAGCGACGCCGCCAACGGCAAAAUCCCAGACGCCGCGGAUGACUCACCUGGCGCUCCUCCGCCCAAGGAGGAACGCGUCGCAGCAGUCACGUUCGUUGGAGCUUCAUUUGCCCAUUUUGGGAAUUUGGACGACUCAGCUGCAAAAGCUGAGGACGGUCGGCCGGCGACGUCUCUGGCGAACAUCAACCUCGCCUUUCGGAAGGGGACCCUGACGGUAGUGUUGGGUGACGUGGGCUCCGGAAAGAGCUCCCUGCUAGCCGCCAUUCUGGGGGAGAGCUCCAUGCUGAGCGGCGGGCGAGAGGUGAACGGCACGCUGGCGUACGUCGCCCAGAAUCCUAACUAUUGGAUCAUCUCGGGGAGCAUCCGAGACAAUGUGUUGCUGGGCGCUGAGUUCGAGCAGCGUCGAUAUGACGAAGCGCUGUGGGCCUGCGCGUUGGACCAUGACGUCGAUGAGAUGGGGGGCGAUUCGGUCGACGUGGGCAUGCAUGGUGCCAAGCUGUCGGGCGGCCAGCGUGCGAGAUUGGCCCUUGCACGCGCCCUCUAUCAAGACAGAGACGUCUACGUGUUGGACGACGUCCUCUCUGCGGUGGACGCACACGUGUCGCAGUGGAUCGUCCAAAGGGCAAUAACGGGGCCGCUGAUGUCGUCGAAGACGCGCAUCGUCGUGACCAAAUCGGCUCAGUGCAUCGCCGCUGCGGACGCCGUCCUGAGACUGCACAAGGGCCGUCUGACCAGCGUCGCGCACUGCGCGUCACCCGCACCAGGAAAGGAAGGCGGCCAGGACGGUGAAGAUGGCGCAGACGUUGGGAAUGAGCAUGACGACUCUGAGGAGCGAACAAGACAGCGAUCAUCGGCAAGGCUUGAUUGCCAUCAUGCAUACGGUGGAGAAGACGGUUCGCUGCUGUCCGCAGCAGAGAAAGACGUCGGCGUCAGUGUGACAGACGACAAAGAGGGGGAUCCUGGCGAUGCGAUGACGGGAUCCGUGAGCUGGGCGGUCUACCUGGCGUACCUCGGGGCUGCCGGACUCGGGACGGUCGCCGUGGUGGCCGCAAGUCUGGCGCUGACUCAGACUACGAGCAACGGGGCGGACGUCUGGAUGGCGCGCUGGGUGGACGCCAACGAGCGCCUGCCGGGCUCCACAGGGACGCAGCUCAGCAGCUACUUUGCGUGCAUGUUCUUCGCCUGGGCCGGCGCCAGCUUGGUGUUCACGCUGUUCCGAGCCUUCUCCUUCGCGCGAGCGGGCCUGCAGGCCACACGCCGCCUGCACCGCAGCCUGCUCAGCAACCUGUUCACGCUGCCGGCGUCUUUCUUCGACGGCACGCCAACCGGGCGGAUCCUGUGCCGAUUCUCCACGGACCUGGCCCGCCUGGACUUCGACGUCCCUUUCGUCGCCAACAUCUUCGUCGGCGUGCUCUUCUCCCUAAUGGGCAUGGGCGCCGUCCUGAUCUACGGCCAGCCGUCCCUCGUCCUCGCGCUGGCCAGCACGGCCCUCUUCUGGAAGCGCCUGGCGCCCGUCCAGUCACCUCUGGACUGGUACCAGUGGCACAGGCGGCUGUGCAGGGACGUCAAGCGGCUGGAGAGCGCCUCCCUGUCGCCGGUCCUGUCGUCGCUGUCCGAGUGCGCGGAGGGGGCGGCGACCAUUCGGGCGUUCGGCGCCCAGGGGCACUUCGUGCGGAGGUACGAGCUGCUGUGCGGCGCGCACCAGCGGGCGGUGCACAUGGGGACGGGCGCCCAGCUGUGGAUGUCGCUGCGCAUGGACCUCGUGGCGAACGCGCUGACGCUGUUGGUGGUGCUGGCGACGGUGGCGGGCGGCAAUGGCUCGGCAAGCGCGGGCUUUCUGGGCUUGAGCAUGACAUACACCGUUCCGCUCAUUCGAUUGCUCCGGGAACUCGUCAGCACGUUCGCGGACAUCGAGCAGGGCAUGGUGUCUGUGGAGCGCAUCGUGCAGUACGCCGGGCUCAAGGGAGAAGAGGAACUCAGUCCGGACUCGAGGGCGCUGCGGCCGGACGCCGAUUCCUCGGCAGCGGCCGUCCGCUUCUCCGACGUGCACCUGCAGUACGGCCCCCAGGGCGCCCGCGCCCUGAGGGGCCUUUCCAUGGACGUCCAGGCGGGGUGCAAGGUCGUCAUCUGCGGCAGGACGGGCGCGGGCAAGAGCAGCGUCGUGAACGCGCUGCUGCGCCUGGCGGACAUGCAGUCAGGCAGCGUGGCCGUCGACGGGGUGGACGUCUGCGACGCGAGGCUAGAGGACCUGCGGCGGUGCGUGGCUGUGCUCCCGCAGACGCCGUUUGUGUUCGAGGGCAGCCUGCGCAGCAACGUGGACCCCGAGGGGAGGUACGGCGAUGAAGACGUCGGGCGGGCGCUGGAGGAGGUGGGUCUGGCGAGGGAGCUGUCCGCGAAGCCGCGUGGGGGCGGCGGGGGAGCAGAGGCAGCAGGCCGUGACGUCAGGAACGCCCCCGGCGACACCAACCUCCGCGACAUGCUCAACUUCCGCCUGGGACGCGGGGGCCAGGGCAUCUCCGAGGGCCAAAAGCAACUGCUGUGCUUCGCGCGCCUGAUGCUCGCCCGCCCGCGAGUGGUCGUCUUCGACGAGCACACUGCCAGCGUCGACGCCGCCACCGCGGCCAAGAUGUCGGACCUGGCUGAGCGCCACCUGGCGGAUGCGACGGUGAUUCAGAUUGCCCACGAUCUGGAGUGUGUGAGGCGCUGCGACCGCGUGUUCGUGAUGGCCGACGGGGCAGUGGUGGAGCAGGGCGCGCCGGCCGAGCUGUUGAGGGACGCGGGGUCUAGGCUGUCGGGAAUGUUCAAGGCACUGCGGUAG